AUGAGUAGUUCCUUGAAUUCCCUUUACUACCGCACAACCAAAGUGGAAGAAAUUGAGAAAAAAACAGAAAGGCAGAUGGAGUAUUUCACCAGAGAGAUACAGAGGCCUAAUUCUACGAAUAUGUGGAAGCCAGCAGCAGCACCAAAGAAGCCAUCGGAAGAUAUCAAUGAAAGUGCGGAGAAUUUCAUAAAGAAGUUUAAGCAACAGUUGCUUCUCCAGAGGCUUGAGUCCAUGGAGAACUAUGAGCAAAUGCUUAAGAGGGGAACAUAA